AUGCCUAUCACGAUUACACCAUCCAUUCUGAAAGAAAGUUCGUCAGUGUCAUCCUCACUCGAGCCAACCAGCGAUGAAUUUCGUGUGAUAGUUAUUCCUGGGGAAGUUAUAUUUACCUCAGGCUCUAAUCUCAUUACUGGCCAUGGCACUUAUCGUGUGGAUACGACUGGCGGCGCGAGCAACACUACCUCGGGUGACCAAGAACUCCCCGUGGACACUCUCCAAACGCCAAUGGAUACUGCAACCUCCUCGGCGCUGCCGAUGCACGCCUCACUUGCAGGCCGUUUAAAGUCCGUAAAUAAGCUGGUGUACGUUGAGCCGCCCAGUGCUCGCUACUCCGGAAACGUUGGAGAUACUGUGGUAGGAAGAAUUAUUGAGGUGGAACAAAAACGUUGGAAAGUGGACGUGAAUUCCUAUCACUUGGCAAAUCUCUCUCUUGCAAACGUUAAAUUGCCAACUGGUGAGCUGCGUCGAAAAUCAGAGGAUGAUGAACGCGCAAUGCGCUCUUUUAUGCGAGAAGGCGAUUUGAUUGUUGCUGAAGUUCGUGAAGUCUACCGUGACGGGAGCCUUCAGCUUCACAUGCCCGGCAAACGAACCGGACGUCUUGGCGAAGGCUGCGUUCUGCGUCUCUCACCAAGUCUAAUUCGUCGUCAGAAGAUUCACCGACACCAGUUAGCAGUCCCUUCUCUAUCUGAGGGGUCCAAUCAAGUCCGCACCACGGCUGUUGGCCUUAUUUUAGGCUGCAACGGGCUCGUUUGGAUUGGACCAGCCCGUGGUAUGGACCUGGGUGCAUGCUUGGGUGCCUCCAUCUCCGGUAAGAAGAUAUUUUCAUCUCUCGAGGAGCGAUUGGCAGUUGGACGCGUGCGAAAUGUCGUCCUGGCGCUGGCUACACAGGGCUACUUGGUGUGGGAGACGUCGGUGCUUGCUGGUUGUGAGGCAAGUUUUGUGGAGGAAUUACAGAGUGAAGAUGGAGCACACAUUACUCGUCUUCUGCUUCCAGAACACCAAAAACACUUGGUUUCCCUUGUAACUACAAAACUUGCAGAUUCUUAA